CUUCUACGCUCAGUAUUUCAAGUUCGUCCCCAGAGAUGCCUUCCAUGAACGAAAUCAUAGCGUCGAAUCCGAGUCGAUGCAGCUUGUCACAGACAUCCACACAAUGCUCUACAAUCUCAGAUACAUCAAGGGCUACUGUACAGCAGCAGCAGAACCUCUUGCACGAGCGGAGUAUGGUCUUCGAGACCGUGACGCUCAGCGAGGGAUUCUUCGUGGGCCCCAAGCGGGUGAACUGUGCUGCCCCCUUCAGCAAUGGCAAGCGAGUUGUCUAUGGCACGGACGAUGGUGUCUACAUCUCCGACCUCUGGGCGCGGAGAGAGCCUCUGCAUUUUCUUGCCCUGAAAGACGUCUCGCAGGUAGAUGUUCUCGAGGACUACCAGCUCCUGGUCGUCCUGUCCGAGCGCCAAGUCACCGCCUUCCCACUCGACGCCCUCGACCCGAAGGACCCCCUCGCUGGCUUGAAGUGUGGCAAGCGGAUAGCGUCGCACGUCUCGUUCUUCAGGGCAGGUGUCUGCUUGGGCAAGACACUCGUCUGUGCGGUCAAGGCGGGCCCGCUGUCCAGCACCAUCAAGAUCCUGGAGCCCAUCGACCAGAACAUCUGCGGCCCGAGUAAGCGUACGUUCAAGAAGCUGUUUCAGGGUGGCAACGAUAUGCUGCGCGUAUUCAAGGAGUUCUACAUUCCUGUGCAGUCGAGCUCAGUCCACUUCUUGAAGACGAAGCUCUGUGUAGGCUGCGCAAAUGGCCUAGAGGUCGUCGAUCUCGAGACGCUAGAUACGCAGGGCCUGCUUGACCCUUCUGAUCAGUCGCUGGACUUUGUGCGCAAGCGGAAAGGUCUGCAUCUGUUAGCGAUCUACCGCAUGGACAGCGAGUUCCUACUGUGCUACAAUGAAUUCGCAUUCUACGUGAACAGAACUGGCUGGAGGUCACGUAAAGACUUCAUGGUCCACUGGAAAGGCUGUCCGACAGGGUUCGCUCUUCAUUACCCAUACGUUCUUGCGUUUGAGCCGACUUUCGUCGAGAUCCGACAUGUCGAGACCGGUGUGAUGUCGCAGAUCGUCCAGGGCAACAACUUACGUCUCCUCUUCGCCGACACUCCUUCUUCGACGACCCACUCCGCUUCGCAGCCACAACAAUACCACAGGGCUACGGGAACAACCAAUAUGCUGUCAACCAGAACACAUAUGGGAGCCGGCAAUCCCUCAAUGACUAUGGUGCUCCGUCACUACAGCCGACAUGUUCCAACCCCACCAGUCACAACCGCAAUCCACUGCAGGUCGCGACGAGAUACUCAUGGUUUCGGACGACCGAGUGAUGAGCUUACAGGCACAGAUGACAAACCGGGUUGUACGGGCUCCUAGUAACAUCGUGACUUACCGCCGUAAAAGCGUGUAGCGUUAUGAUACCAUAGCAUGGGAAUUCUUGGUCUCUUUACGGUGAUAUACAUCGGUCUGUUCUGGUAUCCGCCG